AUGUCUAUCCGUUCCAUCCUCGCCACCACCGCUGUCCUCUCCAGCGCACUUCUCGGAGCGCGCGCGGACCCGGUCCCGAACACGCCUGACACUGGCAUCACUGGCAAGACCUGCACCAUUACCUGGGCAGAGGACACCACCGGCAACUGGGGCGAGACCGCGAUUGAGCUCAUGACCGGCGACAACCAGGCCAUGGUUCACCUCACUACCGUAACCACGCUCGACAGCUCGAAGACGUCCACAUACUCCUGGACUUGCCCUGAGGUGACAAUCAACUCGGCGAUCUACUUCUACCAGUUCUCUGCCGCCGGUCAGUCCCUUACCUGGACGACACGUUUCGCCCUGGCUGGUGCGGACGGCUCGACCGUCACGGAACCCAAUGCCACGCAGCCCGAUGGCUCGGCCAUUCCUUGGGGCACCGGUGCCCUCUCGGACCCUAGCACUGCGGUAGCCGCGCCCUCAUGGCUCUCUUCAACGAGCUCGAACAGCACGACUUCUGCUUCAGCUGGCUCUUCGGCAGCAUCCACUUCCGGAUCUGCUGCGACUGAGGCCGCGAGCUCGACAUCCGCUCCUGUUUCGUCAGCCGCCGCAUCGACUCCUGCGGCGUCAUCCGCCUCGUCGACCUCGUCCGGCCUGGUCAAGGUCAGCUCCUCGUCCACGUCGGCCAGCUCCGCUGCCAGCUCGGCGGCGAGCACCCCAGGCUCGGCAGCCUCGAACCAGAGCUCAAACACGUCGGAUGCCGUCUCGCUCAGGAUCCCCGCGGUGAUGCUCUCGCUUGUCGUGGGUGUCUUCGCGUAUGCGUUGUAA